UCUGCUUUGGGACGUCCUUCAAGAUGGCGGACUCGCAGCAAUUUCCGUGUGAAGGGAGGAUCGAUGGUCGAGGAAACGUCAAAUAAGCGAGCGGAGAUGUACCCCUGGAGGCUGGCGGCAUCUCUGUGCAGCAGCAAACACGUGUGGAUUUUCAGUCGCUCCUUUAACAUGGCAGAGGAGGCGAAGAAGCUGGCCGCUUACGCUGCUGUGGACAACCACGUCCAGAACAACCAGGUGGUUGGUGUGGGCAGUGGCUCAACUAUUGUCUAUGCUGUGGACAGAUUAGCCGAGAGAGUUCGUCAAGAGAAACUCAACAUUGUGUGUGUGCCAACUUCCUUCCAGGCUCGUCAGCUGAUUCUGCAGCACGGCCUCACGCUGUCAGAUCUGGACAGACACCCUGAGCUGGAUGUAGCGAUUGAUGGGGCGGAUGAAGUGGAUGCAGAUCUCACGCUGAUCAAAGGUGGAGGAGGCUGUCUGACUCAGGAGAAGAUCAUAGCCGGCUGUGCUAAACAUUUUGUUGUCAUUGCAGACUACAGGAAGGACUCAAAGGCUCUGGGCCAGCAGUGGAAGAAGGGAGUUCCCAUUGAAGUAAUCCCCAUGGCGUAUGUUCCCGUGUCCCGGAUGAUCGCCAAACGCUUCGGUGGGGAAGCCAACUUACGGAUGGCCGUCAGUAAGGCAGGUCCUGUGGUCACUGACAACAGCAACUUUAUACUAGACUGGAAGUUUGAGCAUGCUCAGAACUGGAGGGAAGUCAACACGGCAAUCAAGAUGAUCCCAGGUGUGGUGGAGACAGGCCUCUUUGUUGGCAUGGCUGAGCGAGCGUACUUCGGGAUGGAAGAUGGAAGCGUGAAGUUUCGGGAUCCUCCUGUGAACUGAGGAAUCUUCUUCAUCCUCCAUCAUCUCUCCUCUGGAGCGACCUCACUUUUUCCGCAAGUGCCGUCUUUAUGAUUUGCACCCGAUCUCAGACUGUGUUUGGACGGAGCUGCACCUCCUGCAGAACUGGACAGAAGUGUAGCAGGGAAGUUUUUACACAUCUCAAAUCCAGAUUCAACAGACGGCUGCUCGGUUUCUCUCAUCCUGCAGGUGGUGCUUCUGAUUUAGUGAGUUUUUAAAGUGCCUGAUGAGAGAAAUCAAGUGUGUCCAGUAUAUAACUUUUUUUUAAUUACUUUGAAUUGUUGCUCAGUUUGGCUGCCUGGUCUCACUGGGAGUGUUGGCUCGUCCUGUAAUUAGAGGACUAGACUGAAUGUGGUUCUCUAUCACUGCGGUGCUGCUGAAUGAAACUAAGGUGUGCCUUGAGAUUUUAUUUUCUAUCUUACUAAACAAAAUAAUGCCAUUAAAGUCACGUUUAGAAAGCUCAUAACCAUC